AUGGACCCAAUCAACUCAACUAGAAUUGAAAGUGGGCCUGCUCUCUGCUUUGAAUCCUUCAACAACUCGUGCGAGAAGCUUGUCUAUGCAUCAGAGAUUCAGAUUUUGCUCUAUUUGUUCUUCAGUGCUAUAGCACUUACGACAGUAUGUGGAAACUUGCUGGUCAUCAUAGCAAUCAUUCAUUUCAAGCAGCUUCACACAUCAACCAACUACCUCAUUUUAUCUCUAGCUGUGGCCGACCUGUUAAUCGGGGGGUUUGUGAUGCCCCCGAGUAUGAUGCGCUCAGUUGAGACUUGCUGGUACUUGGGGGAUGUGUUCUAUCGAUAUUAUGCCGUGUGCCACCCUCUGCAGUACCAUAAUAAAAUCACACCUCCCAUUACCUUGAUUAUGAUUUCCUUAAGCUGGGCUUUGUCUGCCUUUGUUGGAUUUGCUAUGAUAUUUCUACAACUCAACAUUCUUGGUGCUGAGGAGUUUUAUUUCGACAAUGUAGUGUGUAAGGGAGCGUGUAUCAUCUUUCAAACGGCCGCAGCGAGCAUGACUUCCUCAUUUUUUGCUUUUUAUCUUCCUGCUAUAAUCUGCAUCUGCAUAUAUCUCAAAAUUCUCCUUGUUGCACGAAGACAAUCAACAUCUAUACAGCAUGCAGCAAAAAUAGGCAAGGAAACCAGCACGUCUAUAAUUAAAACAGAGGGGAAGGCCACAAAAACACUAGCUAUAAUAAUGGGGGUAUUUUUUGUGAGUAUUUCUCCCUUUUUCUUCAUUAAUCUAAUUAAUCCAUUUGUUGAACACACAAUACCACCAGCCUUAUUUGACAUUUUUUUAUGGAUUGGAUAUUUGAAUUCUCUUUGUAAUCCCUUUGUGUAUGCAUUUUUUUAUAGAUGGUUUAGAAAAGCUCUGAGAAUCAUUCUUUUGGCCAAAAUAUUUCAAGUUAAUUCUUCACAAUUGGACUUGAUGGCAAGGCAUAGUAAUUAG